AUGGCAACACCUGUGGCGGCGCAGCAAGGUCCGCCUCCGACGGCGCCGAGCUUCGUCGACGUCUUCCACGCUCGCGAGGCCAACUUGAAAGGGCUCGUCCAGCACAAGAACACGGAGGCUGAAGCACUGCGGCGCCAGCUCAUCGAGUCGAACAAGGAGGUCGAGCGCUGGAAGAUCCAGGCUCUCGCUCAAGAGCGCGCGAUCGCGGAAGCUCGGAGUGCUCGCCGUGAUGCAGACGCGGUCAUGGGCGAGCUCCACGACGACAACGGAUUUGAUGCGCACUCGCCGGGGCCACACGACCUUGAUGAUCGCUUCGAUGACGUAGCUGACGAAGCGCACCGCUACGACCACUUUGAGGCUGAGAUGGAGCGUGAGGACGAGCAAGCUGCACCUGCGCCCGAUGCGUUUACGAGCACUCGCCACGACGACAACCAAGACGGACAAGCACACGAGGCGCCCAUGGAAAGCGGCGACGAUGUGUCUGGCGUCAACAGCGGCUUUGAGUUCGGCGCUCCCGAACCUCGUCAGUUGCAGGUAGAAGGUCCGCGUGUGGCUCUUGCGAGCAACAACAACCCGGGCGACAUCAUUCCCGUCCGACGCGUACUGUAUCGGCACGAGAUGCGCAACACGCAGGCGUCGCCACCCCGCUUCCCGUUGUCCCAGCCCACCGCUCGUGCGCCACAGCGUGAGGCUCCUCCUGCCAAAGGGCAGCCGCGUGCACAGCGACCCCGCACGGAUUUGAUUGGCAUCCCGGACCCCGACUUUGCUCGCCUCAGCGAGGAGCAGCGCCGAGCCGCACGAGCCUUUAGCCACUUCACGCGCGAUCCGACCAGCGGCGUCACGCUUCUUUCGACGAACGUCGCGGCGACGCUCUUGGCACCGAUCCGUCUCCGCAGCCAAGGACCGGUCGUCCAUGCGCUGCCGCUGCCGCCGCUGCGCAGAACCAAGCGCCGCUUGAAUCGGCUGCAGUUCUACCGCAACAAAGAAAUGGUCGAUGCAUUUGAAGCCUACAAGCGCGAGGAGCUCAUGACAGCGCGUCGGACGUCGCCGCAGCACUAUGCGGCGAUGCGCGAGAAGUUUGCAGAGCACUUUCCGGCCGUGACCGACUUUAUGUGGCAGUUCUUUGCGACGCAGACGUGGCCCGAGCACACGGCGCUGCAACUCGGGUACGAUCUCCGGCGCGAGACUUGCGUCGUGACGCUGCCGUGUGCGCACCUCUUCCACAACGACUGCGCCAAGCCUUGGUUUGCCAGAAAGGACAAGUGCCCGCAGUGCAAGACGCUCAUCGUGCCAACUUGCGAUACCCUCGGCAAGCGCCCAUGA